CACCCCGCUCCUCCGCAGCAGCGGCAGACCUGGCUUAUGGACAGCCACGCAGUAUAAAUCUCCUGAACAGAGGUGAAAUCGACAACAGUUUGAGAGUUCUGAGUUUUUCAGGGGCGCCUCCCGGGAGAGCUUCUCGGAGGCAGCAUCCUUAGCCUCGGUUCUGCCCACAGUAGGGUUACAGAGGGAAGACCAAACCUGCGUGGCGCGCAGACGCUGACACAAGGUCUGGCACAGGAGCAUUGCACUGCUGAUCUACCCAGCUGUGCCCUCUGUGGUUGGAGCCCUGACUAUGGCAGCCAGUCUUCUGAGAGCAAAGCCCAAGGUACCAAUAUCUUUUGAGGAUGUGUCUGUGUACUUUACAAAGACAGAAUGGAAGCUUCUGGAUCUCAAACAGAGGAAUCUCUACAAGCAGGUGAUGCUGGAGAACUACAGCCAUUUGGUGUCAGUGGGGUUUGCUUUCUCUAAGCCUAACCUGGUGUCUCAGCUGGAGCGAGGGGAGAAGCCCUGGAUUGCAGACAGAAUGGGGACUGCAGCAGCAUCCUGUGCUGGAAAUGGGAUAAAGAGCAAGAUGCUGACUUCAAGGCCGAAACUUUUUGGAAGAGGGCUCCUCGGAGACACCUCGGGAUCCAUGGUGCAGAGGCGUCCUCACGACUUCAGGCCAAAUUUCAUUGUAAGGUACCGGCACUCCAGAAUCGCCGAUAAACGGUAUCUGUGUCAGCAGUGUGGAAAAUCCUUCAGCCGCAGCUCCAAUCUCAUCAAGCACCGGAUCGUCCACAGCGGUGAGAAACCGUACAAGUGCAGCGAGUGCGGGAAGCUGUUCCGGCGGAACUUGGCACUGCAGGAGCAUCAGCGCAUCCACAGUGGCGACAAGCCCUACGAGUGCGGGGAGUGUGGCAAGACCUUCACGCGCAGCUUCAACCUUAUCAAGCACCAGAUCAUCCACAGCAGCGAGAAGCCAUUCGUGUGCCGGGUGUGCGGGAAGGUGUUCCGGCGGAGCUUCGCUCUGCAUGAGCAUGCGCGCAUCCACAGCGGCGAGCGGCCUUACGAGUGCGGUGAAUGUGGCAAGGCAUUCAGCCGCAGCUCCAACCUUAUCGAGCACCAGCGCACCCACAGUGGUCAGAAACCCUACAUCUGCCAGGAGUGCGGCAAAGCCUUCAAGGGCAUCUCGCAGCUCAUCCACCACCAGCGCAGCCACCGCGGCGACAGGCCCUUCUCGUGCCAGGAGUGUGGCAAGGCCUUCCGCGGCCAUUCAGGACUUAGCCAACACCAGCGAGUGCACAGCGGCGAGAAGCCCUACGAGUGCAGCGACUGUGGCCGGGCCUUUGGUCGCCGGGCCAACCUCUUCAAGCACCAGGUAGUGCAUGGUGGGGUGCGUCGUGGCCGCUUAAAGGGACUUCGGCGCGGCUGCAUGCUCCUGGAGCAUCGGCGCGGGCCCCACGAGCCGCAGCCCCAGGAAGCCGGGGAAGGCAGCUCGACCGAGCCCCAGCUCAUUGACGCCAAUAAGAAGCCCCAAGUAUGUGAGCGCUGCGACCAGGUCUUCGAGAACAAGUUGCUGCUGUGUCGCCAUUUGCGCAUUCAUGACGACGAAGAUGACAAGAAACAGAAGUCAAUUACUGUGAGUACCUCAGGUUCGGAGGAGAGGUCGCUGCUCAGCCAGGAUUUGGAAUCCCAGCCCGCAGAAGGAAACGACAGCGAAAGCAGUGAAAGUUUCCUGUAUGCCGAGAAGGCCCAGGGCCCAUCCUCACCUUGAGGCCAGAAACAGGGCAGCAACUCAGAAUGGCAGGGUGAAACAGAAGUAACUCAGAAGGACAGGGUACUCCCCACCCAUCCACCCAGUGUAAUCUGCCCUACUCUUUGCCUGAUGAGUUGAAAAGGAAGGCUCCCUCCCUAGUCCUGGAUGAUCCAAUUGAUACCUAGAGGUUGCAUGGGAAGGCUCCUCAAGGAGCCUAGGCAGGGUACUUCUGUGUGUGCUUGGGUGAAUGAGUGCCUAUGUGAAUGGGGUCUCCAGGGCAGCAGAUUUGCAUAAUACAGAGUUGGUUUCUACCAUUCACAGGAGAAUUGCUUGAUGUGGUUGGGAAAGAAGGAGCAGAGUCCAGCCAACUCUAAGCACAAUUACAUUGAAGUUUACAGGGGGAUUACCUGUGUGUCUUUUCUCUUGUUAAUGUGUUAGUGGGGGUGGUUGCCUCCCGUUAAGAGUUGUUUGUGUUUCUAGAUAGAAUAUACUAAAAGCAUUUUAUUCCAUUAAAAGUUCAUAAAUUAGCCUGCUGUUCUGAAGCAGACUAGACUGUCUGUGAAAACUUGGGCCUUGUGUAUGUGGCCCUGCUGCUGUUUGGAGGGUCUGUACCAAAUCUUGCAGAGAGGUUAAGACCCAGGGAACCUGAAUGUCUCCUUUUUGGGAAUGGAGCCCCUUUUUUCUGGUCCCUCACAGGAACAGGAUCUAAGACCUGGCAGCAUUUAUACCCCCACCACCCUCCUGGCUUCAGUCUCCUCCCUCGCACUCAGGGAAGGCCACAUUGGCCAUUCCUACCCCCUGCCCCAGUGCCUAAAGCUUCCAAUUUGUCUGCUAAUCCCUUUCAAGCCACCACUGUGUGGUGACAGCAGGUUAAGAAUUCACACUUAGGUGGCCCCUGUAAUGAGUCUGGCCAGACAGUUAUCUUUAAGAUGACAUUUCUUAGCAUAUUAAAGUUGCCAUUACUUGGAUGUGCUUUUAUUUGGGGGUACCAUUAGUUGAAAAUGGAGAUUUUUGUUAUGUGAGAGUGUUGGAGAAUUUAUCUUUUAUAGAAAUUCCUCACACACAGGGCGUAGCUCAGAGAUGGAGUAUGUGCCUAGCAGACUACAGGCCCUGUGUCCCAUCCCUGCCCCUCCCCCAAGAAAAGCUUGGACAGGAGGAAGGGGCCUUUCCAACCCAUGACUGAUGCACAUGGUGGCAAACCUAGCCCUGAAUGAUGAUGUAACAACACCCACCUCCUUUCCCUUAAGCCUGGCUGGCUCUUUAGAAGGCACUUUACUGCAAAGGAAGCCAGUGGCAGUCCGAUUCCACCUGUGCUGCCCCCAGGAGACCUGUCCCUUGGCAUACUCAGCUCAGCAUCCUGGGUAGCAAGCUACUUUCCAGUCCUCUCCUAUCCCAGAGGAGAGAAAGAUUUUGUCCCAAAGACUGCCUGGGGGUAGUUUGUUGGUACAGGUGAAGUGGAGACAGCUCUUGCACACUCCAAGAAAGAGUGGUGGCACCUCCCCUGCCAGCUGAGUGACGUUCAAAGAUAGCUGCAUCCUGCCAAGAGAAUAUGGGCAAACCUGGAAACCCAGGAUGCUGGCUGGUUGGAGCCCUGGUCAUAAGAAUAUACACGGGGAGGAGAAAGAGAGAGAGAGAGAGAGAGAGAGAGAGAGAGAGAGAGAGAGAGAGAGAGAGAGAGAGAGGAGAAAGAGAGAGAGAGAGAGAGAGAGAGAGAUUUUAUGUAUAUAAAAUGUUUUGUGUAAAGCCCCAGUUUGUAACUUGCUGUUAUCUCUGUGUCCUACAGUAGAUCCCUGUCUCCUUGUCCUGUGAUUGUUCUCCUGUCUGUGAGCCUGCAGCUGCUCAGCCUUGUGUCUGCACUCCAAGCCCCAUGCCUGGGUACUAGUGAAAGAGCCUUGUUCCCUUGAUCUGCUGGGUUUGAGUUAUGUAGUGGUUGACUUCAGUGGCCCAUGGAAGCAGUUCAGAGUAUGCGUCACUUUGGUUUCCCAAUAGAAAAAGAAAUGCUAGGAACAGUGUCUUUUAAAUCCCUGGUAAAGUAAUUGCUGGAUCUACUAGGCCUCACGCAGAGCAGGUGCCCACAGUGGGAGGCUCUGUGCAAGCUCUGGCACAUACUUUUGGGUGUUCACUUCUAAGGCUCCAGGAAAUAAAUGAAUGAUGCCUAUCUUCCGAGACAGUCACCAGCUUCUUUACCCAAGGCUGAGUUCCUAGAGGAAGGGUCGUGUACAGGCGUUUUCAGCAGGAAGUGGGUCUACCGGGAGAGCUGUAGAGCCCUUCAGAGGCUGGUUGCCUACAUACAUAGCAGCACAACUCUUGGUCCAUUUCCUCCUUCAGUUCCUGUUCCUAGAUGUUUUCAGCAAGCAAAGUAGUGAGUUCUCUCAGGUAUGCUAAUCAGGUAUGCAAAAUGAACAGAACAGGUUUCUCCUGGAAGACAGUCAAAAGUCACCAGAGGGACACUUGUGCUUUUCCUUGUUUCGUGCCUGAAGCCUGUGCUUCAUCCCUCAAACUGGAUGGGGAAUGGGGCUGAUCGUUCAUUUGUGUGUUUUGAGGGGCAACUAGAUUAUAAAAGCUUAAACUAUCAGAAUCCCUGCUGUUUUCUAGUUCCUCCUCUUCCUGUCCUCCACCAAACUUUACCUUUUUGCCUUGUAAAAGACUUUGGCUGCUUUUCAGGUGCUGUGGGAACGGCAUAGCAGUGUCCCAGGAAACUCAUAGGUGGUCGUCUCGGAAUUAAUUUAUCAUGAGGUGGAAUUUUCAACAUCUUUGUUGGGUGAAAAGCCGACAGCUACUUGGAAAGGGGAUCCCCCAUGUAGAGAGGGCUUACAGUAAACAGACAGCUAGUGGGUUCAAGGUUACAAGCAAAAGUCAACUCUAACCUAGAAAGAGCCCAGUGAUGCUAGAGUUAUUGGGGAGGGCUUGCUUCCCAUGUGGGAGGGCCUGUCUUAGUCUGCCCAGGGUGCAGGCUUUUCACAGGGCCCCCAUACUGCAACUCUGAGACCAGGAUUGCCCAGCAGGCUCCUUAUCAGAAAACUUCAUCAGUCUCCGAAGAGGCACCACAAUGCCUGCCUUCUGUUUUUUCUGCUACCAAGUUUCAGGCAGCAUGAAAGCACCCACCUUGCAGCUUUCCAGGCAAGGAAUAGAAUAUAGGGAUUUCAGGUGUAUGUGUGUGGGGGAUUGCUGAAAAGUGCCUUGAUUGGGAGUGGGGAGGAUGUGUAUUAGGCAAACCUAGAAUGCACACAGGACUAGGACAGUCCUGAGUCGGGAGGACUGGGACAGUCCUGAGUCGGGACCUCAAUUACUGUAGAGUAUGGAGCACCUAGGAUGCCAUGUGUAGGAAGUCAGACCCUAGCUGGUUCCAUUUGAGGAGCAAUUUUCCUAAACAAGAAAUGAACUCAGUGUUAAUGAGAACUGCUAUGGGGUGUGAGUGAAACCUUACCAGCCACUCUGGUCAUUUAGAUAGUUUGGAGGUCUGUGAAAUCUCUGCAGUGAGACAGCCACCAUGAAGAGGUAGUGCGAAAGAAGAGGAAGGACUCGAAUGACCCCAGCCACCUUCCUCUGAGUCCCCACUAGCCCUGGCAUUUGUAGCUGCCUUCAUGUUUUUUUGAGCCCCAAUUCAUCUGUGAUUUCACAAAACAAUUGCCCUCUGAGAUUCCUGGACACUUUCUUUGUGAUAGGAUUUCUUUGGGGGGAUGUUGUUUUAAGCUUGUAUAACCCAGACUGGCCUUCGACUCUUAACCGUCCUGCCUCUAACUCUUAAGUGCUGGAAUUACAGGUUUGGGCCACCAUGCCUGGCUUCUGAAGACUUUUUACAUUUGUAUCAAGUAGCAUCAAGUUCAAGGCCUUGCACAUUUGUGAGAACAGUGCCUCCUUUUGUGUUCAAUAGGACUGAUUAAGCCUGGUCUCUCUCCAUUACCCAAGAAUGGUGAGAGCAGAAAUGAAGGCUUACUGUGCAUUUGGAGGCCUCCUGACUCAUUAAUAUUCUUUGGUAGAUUGGUAGGGGUAUAUACAGCUUAAAGUGUGCCAUUGUGGAUGGAUUGUGAUGGGUGUCUGUACCCUUAAAACCAUCCUUAUUGUCAAGUCAGUAAACAUUCAGUAUCUUAUGAUAAUUCCUCCUUUCUGCUCCUCCCUGCCUCCUGUCCUUAUAACCACUGCUUUCCAUCACUGGUGAUUACCUUCUUUGUAAGUGGACUUCCACAUUGUUUGUCUAGUCUCUCAGUGCCAUUUUUUAGAUAUUUCCAGGUGUUUGUGUGUAUAUCCACACUUGGUAUUUAUCUCAUUGUAUACAUGCCCCCCAAUGUCUGUUGAUGCCUGUUAGUUAGUAUUUACAUUCUUUCCAGUUUGAGACAAAUAA